AUGGCUUCAAGAACAACAUCCCUUCUCUUCCUCUCCAUUGCUCUCGCCAGCGUGUGGCUUGUGGCAGUGGUGCCGAGGACGAAAGCUCAGCAUUUCGUGAAGUGCAAGACGUCGGAAAACUGCCAAGGCAUUCAGUGCCAGAUAGGGCAGGGGAUUACGUGUAAAGACUCGGUCUGUGUUUGUGUUCCGAACACUAAAACAGGUUCAUCCGGACAUGAGAAAAAGAAGGCGCAAUGGCCUUGCGAUUGGUCCGAGGAUUGUGACAAGCAUUUGAAAUGCCCUGUCGGUUUACCUCUAUGCAUGGAAGGAAUCUGUGACUGCUUAACCGGCUAG